CCACAGCCCCGCUGGGCUCCCCGGCAGGUUCGGCACAUCCUGUGCGAGAAGCACGGCCGGGCCAUGGAGGCCAUGGAGAAGCUGAAGGCCGGGCAGCGCUUUAGCGAGGUGGCGGCGCAGUACAGCGAGGACAAGGCCAGGCAGGGGGGAGACCUGGGCUGGAUGACCAGAGGCUCCAUGGUGGGACCAUUCCAGGAGGCAGCGUUUGCCCUGCCUGUGAGCAGCAUGGACAAACCCGUGUACACGGACCCUCCCGUCAAAACCAAGUUCGGAUACCACAUCAUCAUGGUGGAAGGCAGAAAAUAAAAUGUGAAUGACCAUCUUGACCUUGUUGACUGCUUGAAUCCCGAGUCUCAGACACCUUGGCCUUGGAACAAGUCAGGCACAGCCAGCAACACAUCUGGAGACAGCUGCUGUCCCUGCCACUGUGCUGGCAGAGCAGAGCCCUGCCUGGAGAGGUAAAGUGUGCCUGGGAAGGGUAAAAUGAGAGCCUUUUACAGAUGUUGAAGCCUCUGUUGUCUGGCAGCCUCUUGCUUCUCCUGCUGUGGAGAUAAUGGUCUGUCAGCAGAAUGAGGUGCCCAGUCUUUUAUCUACAAACAGAAAUGACAGAAAGGGGCAGAGGAGGCCCCAGGGCUUGGUCUCCAUCUCCAUCCUCCCCAGGAGGUGCAGACAGCUCCCAUGGUGCAGGUUGUGCUCCAGGGCUGCAGGACAGUCCCGCCAGUGCAGGGUGGGUAACACUGGAGCUGCGUCAGGCCAGGCAGGGAAGGGAGCUGGGGGCAGGAGGGGAGGAAGAGCUCUCCUGAACACAGACUCACCUCUUCCUACAGCUCCACCUUGCCCACUCAGAGCUGGGGGAAGAAACGGGUAACUCAGGUUUGAAUAAGAAAAAAGCCACUAAAGGCUUGUGUCCUGCUUACUGCACUCUGCUGUGCUGUGGGGUGUGCAAGGGAAGCAGGCCAGCAGGGUUCCUGCCAUCUCAGGAAUCCAGCUCAAAUCCCUUUCCUGCCCACAGAGCCCCUGAAGCAGCCACAGCUCCAGCAACGUUUACAGGUGAGCACCAUGCACAGAGUUCAGAGAUGAGGAGGAAACAUCAAAGAACAAAAGGUCCUUCCCUUCCCUCCCUUUUCAGGGUGUUGGUUUUGCUGAGUGUGGAACGCUGAGGGCAGCCAGUGAAUGGCUUGCUAUGGAGGGCAGACACUGCCCCAUGUCAUGGUGCUCUGUAAAUAAACCUCUUGUUUACAGGC